GCGAGCAGUCGGAAUAUCUAAAAUGUGCAAAAUAAAACACAACUCAGUUUUUUCCUUUAUAAUACUUCACAUAUUCUUGGUGGCCACAUCUGCCUUCGAAGAGACAUGCGAAUUCGACCGAAAAAUGGAAGAGCAAUGCCUAAAUCAGACCUAUAAAACUGUGAAACCGUUGCUAGAUUAUUUUCGACAGGUUAGAAAUGAGUUAGAAGACAAAGAAAUUAAAGAAAAUAUGUUAAAUGAAUUAAAUUGGGAUCUUAUGGAAAAGUAUCAUGAAAUUGUGAAAAUUCAUGAAAAAUUCAUAAAGGAGACAGCUCUAUUAGAUGAGUAUAAAAACAAAGUACUUAAAGGGGAAAACGAUUUGCAAUCGUGUCAAAAUAAAAAUGAGAAAUUGGAAUCUGAGAUUAAUUCACAACAAAAUAUUAUUGUGAAAUUAAAAGGAGAAUUAGCUGUUAAAUCCACCAACUUAGAAAAUUGCCAACUUCAAUUUCAAAAUCUUAAUUCUAGUUUAAUUGAAAAAGAUAAAAAUAUAAAGAGAUUAAGUGGGAAUAUUCAAAAUAUAACAGAACAUCAAAAAACAAUUGAAUUGGAAGUAAAUGAGAAGAAAACUUUGUUAAUAAAGCAAGAUGAAGUUAUUAAGUUCUGUCAGUCUGAAAUUGAUACAUUAAAUCGGUCAUCAGAGAAUAUCAGAGAAGAGCGGAAAAAAAUUCAGUUGGAAUUAAAAGAAAGUGAGACUAAGCUAAUAGAUAAAGUGAAAGAAAAUCAGUUAUGUCAAUCUGAACUUGAUAAGUUAAGUCCCACAACGUGCAUCCCUUUUAGAGAUUCAGAUGUUCAUCAACUCAAUGUUUCUGGCGUAGGUUUCUUCGAUGUUUUAUGCAAUAGUCAGAUAGCUGGACCUGGAUGGAUUGUAAUACAACAACGAGUUGGGGGAAAUGAGAGUUUCAAUAGGGAUUGGGCAACGUAUCGCAAAGGUUUCGGUUCUUAUAAGAGUGAUUUCUUCCUGGGACUCGAGAAAAUGCAUCGUAUCACGAGCUUGCAGCGAUUCGAACUUUAUAUACAUUUGGUUGCUGUGAAUGGAAGUGUCUUCUACGCUGGUUAUGACGACUUCAAAAUAUCUGAUGAAGACCAUGGAUACGCACUGAAUUUGGGUAAAUUCAGCGAAACUAUCAUUAUAGAUUCGAUGAGAUACAGCGAAAACAUGAAAUUCUCAACAUUCGAUCGCGAUAACGAUUUUGGCAGUGGCAAUUGUGCAGCUGAUUUUGAAAGUGGCUGGUGGUACAACGCUUGUCAGCAUGGUAACUUAAAUCAACCAGAUAUGAUUUACCCAUUGUUUUACAUGAAAGAAGCUAAGAUGCUAAUUCGUCCCAAAGAAGCGAUGAAGAAGUGAUAUACUGAAGUUAUAAUUGGUGCACUAUGAAUUUGGUUUUUGAGUAAUAUACGUUUAAGUAUUUAAAGUAAAGUAGGUUAAUUUGUAAUCGAGCAUUCUCGACUAAUAGGUUGAUGAUUAUUCGUAAAAAAAAUAAAAAGAGAGAGAGAGAGAUAGAGGGAGUAGUGAGGGUGUAUGGUAAGUCCAUGCUGUACUUGGUCCAUUGAUGCUGCCUUCGAUGAAAGUGAUGUAAGUUCUGCUUAGUUCUCCUCUCGAAUAAUACAGGCAAAUAAUACAGGAAGUGAAGUACUAAGUGAAUAAUACAGGAUAAAGGCAAUCUGCUAUUUCGAGAUGAAAGAUAGAUUUCUAAUCAUCCUGAAUAUAUUCUUUCAACGAAGCCAUUGAAGUUAUCUCUAAAUUAGAGAGAGAAAUAAGCAUUUGCAAAAAUGAAGACGAUGUUCAUCAGCAGAGGAAAGAGUACUGAUCACUGAUCCGUUAAAAGUGAUCAUUUAGUGUUUAAAUGCUUUUUUGAAAGUCCAUCGAAUUGAGAGAUAUUUAGAUUGAA